AUGGCCGAGGAGCGUCACGAUUUCAUGGCCGAGGAAAUCAAGCGCCUCGAGUCGUUGCUCAAGCAGGAGCGCGUCGAGCAGCGUGGCCUAGCCUACGAGCGUGACCGUUCCGUUCAUCAAGUCGAGCUCUGCAAGAGCCAGAUCCAGACGCUCAAGGUCGAACGCGACAGCCUGCUAUCUCGCCUUUCUGAGCUCAAAGCACAGUUGCGGGAUCGGGAUGGCGCUGGCGCCUCCUCCCAAACGGUGGAGUACUACAAGGAACUGCUUCGCAAUCGUGAUAGUGAGGUGGAACGCCUGGACCGUGAGGUGAUGCAUUGGCGCCAAAAUGGUGGUCAAGGCCGUGGGGCGCAUGUGUCGCAAGAAGAGUACGAGCGCGUCAUCCGAGAGCUCCAAGAGCUGCGCCGCGAGACUGAAGAGCAUACCACGAGUGCACGGGAUAUGGAAGAAUCCCUGGUUCAGCGCGUGGAGCAGCUGGCCACCUCGCAGACGAUGGUGUCAGAGGAAGCGCAGGAACUUCGCCAGCGCUAUGAAAUGCUUCAGAGCGACUACGAUCAGCUGCAGACAGAUUACAAUGAGGUCAUUGAGGAGCUGAAUGAGGCACGGGUUGGCGAGCGGGCGGCGCAUGCACGUGCCUUGUAUGCCGAGCCGACCGUGCUGCAGCGUCAAGACACGGAGGGCACCAAUCUCAAUGCCAACGCAAGUGCCCAACGCUUCUCGACAGCUGGACUCUCGCGCCAGGAGCAGGGCCGUGAUUCGGAGUAUUGGCAGCAACAGCAACAGCAGCAACAGCAGCAGGCCGCACCAAGCUAUCGUUGGGACGACGGCCAUGGUAGUGCCAUGGCCACGUCGCCCCCGCUGACGGUCCAGGCCCAGGAGCACUUGUUUCCCAACACGACCAAGUCGAUGCGCUACCGCAACGAUGCCUUUGGCAACUGGGGUGGCCAGGCGUACCCUGUGCCUCAGAUGGAAACUGGCACCUACGCGUUUCCCGUCAAUGUGCAGGCCUCCCGGUUGGCCAGCGCUCUGGCGCUCGAGCACACCCCAGUGUGGCUUUGUUUGACGCCCACGGGCGUUAUGCUCCUGGAUCGUUUCAACCACAAUCUUCUUAUGGAGUGCUCGUAUAACAACAUUCGUCGUUUUGGCAAAGAUACGGGCGUGCUAGCCUUUGAGUGCGGCCGCUCGGCCGAAUGUGGCCAGGGCGUCUUCUAUCUGGCCACCAUCCACAUGCAUGAUAUCUUUGACAUUUUGAGCCGGUCGUUCCCAUCUGCUGGUCGUGUGCUUAAGGUCACCCACGACAAUGAAAAGGCGCUAGCUGCACAGAAGGACGGCUCAAUCAGGCUUCGUGUUUGCCUCCCUUUGACGCUCAGCUUUUACUCAACGUUGGUGGGGUGUUCGGGCUCCGACUUUCUUGAAGCGCAGCGGGUCGUCGUCUUUCUCAGCGCGGCGUGUCUGAUCAUCGCCGUUGUCGUGUUCUUCAUCGAAGAGCUUGGCUAUUGCCUGAACCGCGACUUGUAUCAACCAAAUGCCGUACAUGCCAAGGCUUCGCCUGAAACGGCGGAUUCAGUCUUUGACACCAAGAUUGUAUAG